AUGACCACCGACAGCAAGGUUGCCCUCGCACGGCUCCUCACUAGAGCCGAUGAGUUCCUCACUUUCCUAGACGAGCAUUGGUAUGCAAAAUUGCCGCGUCGAGAGGACGACACCAUCAUCUAUUCGAACAGGAGUUACGCCAUCAUGAGGACCUUCGACAACGAGCGCAAGAAGCUGACGCACGGACGCAUGGGAAAGACCAAGCGCGUGAAAGUCCUCACGCCUGACGAUGUUAUUGCCAUGAUCGAUGGUUUCAAGGGUGUAUUGCAUUGCGCCUUCUUCAAUGCAACCAUUCUCGUCAGCAGAGACCUCAAUCUUUCGUAUGAGGUCAAGGUCCGUCGCGCUCUGGAGUCUGGCCAGCAGUCUGCUUGA